AUGUUGCAGCACAUUGAUUUGGGGUUGUAUCUCAUCCGGAAGCGACAACAAGAGUUGGAGGAAGUAGAAAUAUCGGACUGGACAACGACCGAUGUAUUUUUUAUGAAUCACAUUCAUACUUGCUUUGAGGAUAAUAAAAGAAAAAAAGAGCAGGUUGGGUGGAAAAUUAGAAACAGUUUACUGAACGUUGUAAAUGGCAAGGUUCCGGCGUGUGGGAUGGAUUGGCAGAACGCAUAUAAGGUGUAUGCCCCUUGUAUGUUGACGAAGUACAAGCAUUGGGUGGCUGUAAUGAUUGAUCUGGUUUUGUGUGAAAUCAAAGUGUACGAUUCAAAGGUUUCACUUAUUCCAGAUGAGAUCUUAAAGGAAGAACUCGCCCCGCUUUCAAUUACGAUUCCAAAUCUUCUCAACACCAUCGACUUUUAUGAAGAAGGUGUUUACGCAAACAAUUGCAGCCGAGAUUGGUGGUGUCCGUGGCCAAUAGAACGUGUGGAUGUUCCACAACAGUCUAAUCAAGGCGAUUGUGGCAUGUUCGUGUUGAAGUACAUUGAGCUUUUGAGCGCUGAGAUUCCGUUAGCUACUUGCACCUCGCAGAACAUGCCCUUUUUUCGGUUGAAAUUGGCUGCAGAGAUAACACGGGGAGAUGCUUACAUGCCAUGAUAUUGGUUGAACUUGGUUUAGGUACAUGAUGAUUAAAUAGGUUUUGGGAAUGUCCAAUUUCAAACUCAUGUAAAUACA